AUGCAGUGGGCAAAGGGGCUGGGGCUCGGGCUGGGAGCGGCUGCGUUCUUGGGGCUGGGGGUCAUCGUGGGCCACUUCGCCAUCCCCAAAGGGGCUGACCCGCCGGCCUCCCAGGACCUGGACCUGGAGGUCCUGGACACUGUCAUAGGACAGCUGGAGGCCGGCGGGAUCCAGGAGAACCUGAGAGAACUUGCCCGGGAGCCGCACCUGGCCUCCAGCCCCCGGGACGAGGCCCUGGUGCAGCUGCUGCUGCAGCGCUGGCAGGACCCAGCGUCAGGCCUGGACGAAGCCUCGGCCUCCACAUACGAGGUGCUGCUGUCCUUCCCCAGCCCGGAGCAGCCCAACCUCGUGACCGUGGUGGACCCUAUUGGGGAAAUCCUCUUCUUCUGCAACCAGAGUGAGAAGAACCUGACUGGGGAGCAGGGGGGGCCCGACGUGGUGCCACCCUAUGCCGCCUAUGCUCCCCCCGGGACCUCACAGGGCCUCCUCGUCUACGCCAACCAGGGCACAGAAGAAGACUUCAUGGAACUAGAGGCUCAGGGCAUCAAGCUCAAUGACACCAUUGCCCUGACUCGAUAUGGAGGUGUGGGCCGCGGGGCCAAGGCCAUUAAUGCCGCCAAGCAUGGGGUGGUUGGGGUGCUGGUGUACACGGACCCUGCUGACAUCAAUGACGGCCAGAGCUUACCUAACGAGACCUUCCCCCACUCAUGGCGCCUGCCUCCCUCGGGGGUGGAGCGAGGCUCCUACUAUGAGUAUUUUGGGGACCCCCUGACUCCCUACCUUCCGGCCACCCACUCCUCCUUCCGCCUGGACCCUGACUCUGUCUCCGGAUUUCCCCCAAUUCCCACGCAGCCCAUUGGCUUCGACAGUGCACAAGUCCUGCUCUGUAACCUCCGGGGAAACAUGGCGCCAGACACUUGGCAGGGAGCUCUGGGCUGUGACUACAGAUUGGGGCCCGGCUUCCGGCCUGACGGGCGCUUCGGUGAAUACAGCCAGGUGAACGUGAGUGUGUACAACCGCCGGGAACUGCGGAACUCCUCCAACAUCCUGGGGCUCAUCCGUGGAGCUGUGGAGCCGGACCGCUACGUGCUCUAUGGAAACCACCGGGACAGCUGGGUGCACGGGGCUGUGGACCCCAGCAGCGGCACCGCGGUCCUCCUGGAGCUGUCUCGCGUCCUGGGGACCCUGCUGAAGAAGGGCACCUGGCGACCCCGCAGAUCAAUCCUGUUUGCCAGCUGGGGGGCCGAAGAGUUCGGGCUCAUUGGCUCCACGGAAUUCGCAGAGGAGUUCUUCCGCAAGUUGCAGGAGCGCACCGUGGCCUACAUCAACGUGGACAUUGCGGUGUUUGCCAAUGCCACUCUGAGGGCGCAGGGGACACCUCCGGUCCAGAGCGUCAUCUUCUCUUCAGCCAAGCAGAUCCCUGCCCCAGGCCCCGGAGGCCUCACCAUCUACGACAACUGGAUCCGAUACUUCAACCGUAGCAGCUCGGUGUACGGCCUGAUCCCCAGCUUGGGCACCCUGGGUGCCGGCAGUGACUAUGCGCCCUUCCUUCAUUUCCUGGGCAUCUCCUCCAUGGACAUCGCCUACACCUACGACCGGAGCAAGACUUCAGCCCGGAUCUACCCCACCUACCACACGGCCUUUGAUACCUUUGGAUACGUGGACAAGUUCGUGGACCCUGGAUUCAGCAGCCACAGGGCCGUGGCCCAGACAGCAGGGAGCACACUGCUCCGACUCAGUGACAGUCUCAUCCUGCCCCUUAAUGUCAGUGACUACAGUGAGACUCUGCGCGGCUUCCUGCAGGCAGCCCAGCACGGCCUCGGGGCCCUGUUAGAACAGCACGGCAUUGGCCUGGGACCCCUGGUGAGCGCCGUGGAGAACUUUGAGAAGGCGGCCAUGGCUCUGAACCAGCGAAUGUUGGCGCUGCAGGAGGGCAGCCCCGACCCCCUGCAGGUCCGGAUGCUUAACGACCAGCUGAUGCUCUUAGAACGGACCUUCCUGAAUCCUCGAGCCUUCCCAGAGGAACGAUACUACAGCCACGUGCUCUGGGCGCCCCGCACUGGAAGUGUAGCCACGUUCCCGGGGCUGGCCAAUGCCUGCUCCAGGGCCAAGGACACAGCUCCUGGAUCUGCAGCCUGGGCCGAGGUGCGGAGGCAGCUCAGCAUUGUGGUGGCAGCCCUGGAGGGCGCAACAGCCACCCUGAGGCCUGUGGCUGACCUCUGA